AGGUAACAUUAGGCUAGCUGAAAAAUACCCCGCGAAUCAAUGAUGGUAAUUGAUGCCGAUGUAGAAAAUAUGAGAUACAUCUUCUCCAAGACUCACCAUGUUACUUGACACUUGCAAUAUUUCUAGUACAAGAAGCUGAUUGUGAGUUAGUCUGAAGGUUUUAAAAUCAAAACCGAGAAAAUGCAGUGGGAGCACAGGGUAAAGUUCACAGGUCAAGUCAAGACGGCUGGGAUGGAGAAGCAUAUGACCUGGAAGUCAGGAUUUGUUGACUUUGACUUUGAUGUUGCGAGCAAUGAAUGGGUGGUGAAGAUGUAUUUCAAAGUCAACCCAAAUAAUGUUUGCCAACAAAUCAGGAUUGGCAAGUCUGUUAGUUUGUCAGUAAAAUGUGGGAGACUGAUCAUUGAGAAUAAGAAGGGAGAUGGCAUUCAUAUCAAGUUGGCCAACAGUGAUCUCAAUGUGGCUAAGAAACUUGUCACAGAAUUAAAGAAUACUAGUCCCAAUACUCCUAAAUCCAACAAAGCUGAGGUCUGUGUUACAUCUAACAUUGCUGUUAGAAAAGGGUCUGAGAAUGUCAGCCCUUACAUGAAUGGGAGCUUAUCCAGUGAUUCCUCCCCUCAUUUGUCAAGUGGUGAAAUUUCACCUGUUCAACCAGAGGCAUGGCUGUCCAAGAAAACACCUCCCAGCAACCACUUGCCACACACCCCUAACAAUGCCUCCAAGCGCAAGUUAGACCUUCUUCCUCCAGAGAAACCAAAGAGUGUGAACAGGCUUAAACACGAGGACUCAGAGCUGACUGAUGAUGCUCUGCUCACUAACCGCUUUACAGGAGUGAAAGAUUAUUCUAGAUGGUCACAAAAUGCAUCACACAACAUUCCAGUCAACAAUGGGUUAGGGGCCAAACAGUUUUAUGGGAGCCAGAACUCUUCUGCUUAUGAAAACUCUAAUAGCAGGGCUAUCAGCAAAGGCAGCCAGAACAGUAGUGUUGACAGAACACCCCGGAAUAAACGAGCCAGGCUCUCCUCUGAGAUGGACCCUGACCAGGAGAAUGUUCUGGAAUCAUCUUCUUCCUUAGUUCCAGUGAACAAUAAUAGGCAAAGCAGUGAAGAAAAUUCUAAGCAUUACGCUGAGGGGGAAAAUGCUUCACGUACAGUUGGGUUUGACAAUCUGGGAAACACCUGCUUCAUGAACUCACCUCUACAAUGCUUGUCAUCACUAGAACCAUUGUCUAUAGACUUCCAGUCUGUCAUAGCAGAAUUUGGGGCUGAACUUAAGCCUAAUUCUAUUACUAGGCUACUUUACCUGUUGAUGAAAGAUGUUCGCAAGCUAGACGGGUGCCCAGAAAGAGUAAGGCAGAUUCUUCAGCGCCUUAGAAUUGAUAUCAAUGGAAAGUUUGCUCUCAAUACUCAGCAGGAUGCACAUGAGCUACUGGCUGAACUAUUGGAUCGCACAGACGAGGAAAUGAAGGCUAUACUGAGGAAGUAUGAGGGUGUCACAGUAGGGGUGGGCGUUGUCAUUUCAACCACUGUUUCACCUAUACAAGCCAACUUCAUGUGGUGUUACAAAGUUUCUUUCUUCUUCCAUGAGUGUAAAACAGAAACAACUUCUCAUCAGGAGGAACGCGAGACUACUCUAAUGCUUGCACUAGAUUCAGACAAGGACGAUAGCCUCCAGGAUUGUAUAGACAGGUAUUUUGAGUCGUCAGAGGUUGACAUGAAGUGUGAAAAAUGUGGAAAAGAUGAGAAAGCCACCAUGACCAGAAAAAUUGUCAAAAGACCAAGAAUAUUUAUCUUAAAUUUGCUGAGAUACCAGACUGAUAUAACAGAAACCAAGAAAAAGACGGACAGGGUUUCCAUCCCUCGCUACAUGAGUAUAGCUGAGUACUGUGCUGCUGAUGUUAAAGCCCCGCCCCACAUGGAGCCCUUGUUUAUGCUAGACAGAGAGAACACUCUAAAUACCAGUGAACCAGCCGAAGAGGACAGCUCCCCCAUAGUGAGCAACAACCCUCAGAAGAAAAAGGUGGCAAGGGUGAGUGCCUUCAACCAGUGUGAGGCUGUCACUGUGUUGAAAAACGAGGAUGACCUCCCUUUGAAUGUGGAGAGUCCAGAUGUACCUGUACACCUGUCUGUGUCCAGGCCUAUGUCCGGCGCCAGGCCAAAAACUGUGGCCGUAUCCAAGCCUAUGUCUGGCGCUAGACCAAAAACUCCGGCUGCAUCGAAGUCGACGUCUGGGGCUAGGUCUAAAACAGCCAGGUACCUCAAACCUGGGAAAAACAGGCGCCGGGCUUACAUGAGGUCACCAGAGACAAGCACAGAGUUAGACCUGGAAGAUAUUCCCAAACUUGUCAACCCAAAAGACCCUUAUGGGGUGGCAUUCCCGGGAGAGACAUUUGUUUUUGAUGACCGUUGCCACCCAGAGGUGCUGGAGCUGGCUAAAAUGCAGAAGGCAACAUGGAACAAGAUCCAGCAGAUGGACGAUGAGCUGGAAGAAAUCCGGAGGAUGAACAACCUCAACAGCUUCUCCGGCAUCAUCAACCCAAACAAUGACUUUUACAACAAAGCCCUGCUAGACCGGUCAGAUCUGAUGGAGCCGCUGACCAUCAUCAGUGAGGACAUCAACUACCUCAAUGUCCACUCCAGCACGCCAAAUAUAUCAGAAUUCCAGGAUUUGCUGGCCUUGAGCCCAUUCUCUGGAUCCAUUGACCAGCAACAUGACACGGCAGUGCGAACUAAUAACAUGCAACUGUUGAAUAAUAUAAUGUGCAGUGACCCAGCCCUUGACAACAAGAUGGACAUCGCUGAGGCAAUGGACAAAAACCACACACUGGAUGACACGGUGCCAUAUGACUUUGACCUGCCAGAAAAACAGGAAGAGAUGAAAGAUGAACCAUCAGGAGCUGAGGCAGCCGGCAACAAUGUGGCUCUACCUGAAGGUCUAGAAGAAUCCAUAGCCAGUGAUGUAAAGCGAUUGGUCAAAGCUCUACUGUCCAAGAUUUGGGAAGUCCAGAACUACAUGCAAGAAGUUGUGGAGGACAUGUCAGAUUUGUAUGCACAAACUCAGGUGGUCAUUACAGAGGUCAGCAUAUUUGUUGAACAGAUGAAGCUAGGGGCUCAAGCUCUACAAGGAGAGGCUGCCUCCCCUCAAAGCCAAAAUGGGUAUUCCCCUGAGAACCAGAUUGCCAUUUGUCACACUCUAAUUAAUAGGGCAUUACAAUCUACAGAAGACUAUGAUGCAGAUGCCUACAUGGAUGAUGAAGAAUGUGAGUUAAUUCGUAAGGAGAUACUGGUAAAACGUUACAGCUCAUACAAGAAGGAAGACCAAAAAGUGAACCAUUUGAUAGAAGAUUUAGGCUUGUAUUUGGCUGCUAAAAAACUGGGCAUUGCCAAGCCAGACACACCAAAAAAACACAGGAAAAAUCAGGCUGCAAGCACAGAGGAAGCUGGAGAGGCUAAGGAUAAAUCAGUCAGGUGGAAAGAUUCAGAACAUACGGAUGCCCAGGAUGAUCUGAGGCUGGGUCAGAGUGCUGCCCUGAGUGAUGAUGAGAUCUUCAAGCAGGACGUCCAGUGUAUGCCUGAGAGUGAGGGAGCUCAAGCUCAAACAGCUCUGAGGUCAAAGAAAAGAAAAACAUUCGAUAACGAGACGGAAAGGUCGUCGCAGAAGGACGGCGAGGAGUCAGCUUGGCCGGACGAGCCCGGCCUACAGAUAGACACCAGGGCCAGUGACGCUGCAGAUGCUUUAGCCCUGGCCUUGACCCCUCAGCAUGCAAGAGCCGGGACUUCCCAAACGGAGCAUCAGUAUUUUCAGUCUUGCGUCUCAUCCAACACAAUAUUCGGGAAGGACGUCAGCUGCUACACAGAAGAGGAGCUUGAGAAGGUGGACCCCAGCGCCAUGACGGAGGACGAGAUGCUGGUCUAUGCACAGGCUCUGAGCAGGAUUGAGUACAUGAGAGAAAAGAGUGCUAAAGUUGGAGCCUGCAGUCCUAUGGAGGUCGGGGAUUCUGAACCUCGUUCAGAACAAAAAAACCUUCCGGAUGUUAUUUCAGCUGAAGGAGCCGCCUAUGAUGGGGGCGCUAGAUCACGUUCAAAUUCUACUAACAGUAUUCCAGGCAAGGGUGUAGGUGCGAAUCCAGACAAGAAGCCACCAGAAGAGUCAAAGCUGUUAAUCUGUGAAGAGGAUUUGAGUGACGGGGACGAGCCUGAUGGCAUGUGUUCAGGGGGGAAAGAUGAGGAAAAGAAAACCCCACCCUUGCGUAACACUGAGGCUAAAGACAUGAUAGACGGGCUGUGCAAUACUUGUGGUCACAUGUUCUGUAAUGACUGCCCGUGUUGUGACCUGCUUGACCAGGCGGACUUUGAUGGUCAGCCUCUGGACCAGGGACUGUGUAUUCCAGAGCCAGAUAAAGCACAACACAAGUCGCCGGAGGUGAGCAAGGUUCAGCCGGCGUCUAAAGUUCUAGCAGACAGGUGCAAUACAUCGCCGGAGAAUGUCGUUCCUGUGAAAAAAUCUGUCUCACCUGCUUCCACAGCAGACACCAAACCUGCAGCUGCGCCAGUCGUGGAGAAAAAAAGCCCAGAUGACCACGUGGUCCCUGCCUCGCCUCUCCCCAGCCCAAAGAAAGAUUCCUACUUGUUCUCUCCGUCUAAACCAAAUAACCUCACAAAAACCAGAGACUAUUCCAGACUCCGUAGCCCAUCUGCGUCGCCUAGGAAACGUGGCACUAAAGCCCAUUCUAGGUCUGCCUCUGCUUCCAAAAAGUUGGUGUUCCCUGGAGAGGAGAAAGCCCAGACUCCUGGAUUUGCAGGUGCGGAUUGUCUACCUGGCUACAGUGAUGUGGAUUUAUCUGGCAACUCCUCCCUAGAAGUGAACCUUGACGACAGCUCCUACUUUGACCACAGGGAGGAUUGUUUCUACACCCCAACACCUGCUUCAGGCUCACGUAGUGUUCAAGUCUCACCUUUUACCCCAUCCGUCAAGCACAACACCAGCACCCCUCACACCUCAAGCACCCCACACCCCUCCAGCAUCCCCACCUUCCUCCAGCCGGCCGCCAAAAUCCCCUCCAUGCAAAAACUGGACUCCAGCCUCCUGCUCCACCCUCCCUCGGACACGGGUUUCCCUGACCCCAGCCCAGUGCUGCAGAACAACCUAUCCCAGCCUGAGCCACAUGAAGAUGAGGCAGGAGCCGGAGCGCCAUCGGUCAAGCCAGAGAAUUUGGUACUGGACAAGAUGUCUGAUAAAACCAAGCUGGACAAAACCAACAUCAAAAUAAAAACCAAACGUUCUGCAAACAGCUUUUCUAGUGCUGAGGAAAAAGAGAAUGACCCAGCUGAUCAGGCCAGGAAAAAACGUUUGGACAACAUUGAGAUGGGUAAAGCAGACUUCUCCUAUAGACUUGUUGGUAUUGUGAAUCACCAUGGAGAAUCUCUGUAUGCUGGUCAUUACACAGCUUUUGCUUACAACCUGAGCAAGCAGAAAUGGUUCUACAUGGAUGACAGAAACACCAAGGAAACCACUGAGAGCAUGGCAAAAAAAGACAGUUUAAAUUCUGGCUACAUGUUUUUCUACAUGGAUAAAGAUCUGUUCCAUGACUAUGCCAACAAAGUGGAAUCUACGGUUAAGACAAGUCAUCUUUAA